CUCCUGGCUAAGCAGGUGGAGGUGGAGCCGGAAGCCAACCCCAGAGGCCCUGAGAUAGUCACUAUGGGGGAGAAUGAUCCUCCAGCGGCCGAAGCCCCCUUCUCCUUCAGAUCGCUCUUCGGCUUGGAUGAUUUGAAAAUAAGUCCUGUGACACCAGAUGCAGACGCGGUGGCUGCGCAGAUCUUGUCCCUGCUGCCCUUGAAGUUUUUUCCGGUCAUCGUCAUUGGGAUCAUUGCCUUGAUACUGGCGCUGGCCAUCGGCCUGGGCAUCCACUUCGACUGCUCUGGGAAGUACAGGUGCCAUUCGUCUUUCAAGUGCAUCGAACUGACAGCUCGGUGCGACGGGGUCUCUGACUGCAAGGAUGGGGAGGAUGAGUACCGAUGCGUGCGGGUGAGUGGCCAGAGAGCCGCGCUGCAGGUGUUCACGGCUGCAGCCUGGAGGACCAUGUGCUCUGAUGACUGGAAAAGCCACUACGCCAAGGUUGCAUGUGCCCAGCUGGGGUUUCCCAGCUAUGUAAGCUCGGACCACCUCAGAGUGGACGCACUUGAGGAGCAGUUCCAGGGCGACUUUGUGUCCAUCAAUCACCUCUUGCCAGAUGACAAGGUGACCACGUUGCACCACUCUGUGUACUUGAGGGAAGGCUGUGCCUCGGGACGUGUGGUCACCUUGAGGUGCUCGGCCUGUGGCCUGAGAACCGGCUACAGCCCUCGCAUUGUGGGUGGAAACAUGUCCUCGCUUGCCCAGUGGCCCUGGCAGGUCAGCCUCCAGUUCCAGGGGUACCACCUGUGUGGGGGCUCCGUCAUCACCCCUCUGUGGAUCGUCACCGCUGCGCACUGUGUUUACGACCUGUACCACCCCAAGUCCUGGACCAUCCAGGUGGGUCUUGUGUCCCUGAUGGACAGCCCCGUGCCCUCCCAUCUGGUGGAGAAGAUCAUCUAUCACAGCAAAUACAAGCCGAAGCGGCUAGGCAAUGACAUCGCCCUCAUGAAACUGGCUGAGCCGCUCACAUUUGAUGAGACCAUCCAGCCUGUCUGUCUGCCCAACUCGGAAGAGAACUUUCCUGAUGGGAAACUGUGCUGGACAUCAGGAUGGGGGGCCACGGAGGAUGGAGGUGACGCCUCCCCUGUCCUGAACCACGCGGCUGUCCCGUUAAUUUCCAACAAGAUCUGCAACCACAGGGACGUAUACGGCGGCAUCAUCUCCCCGUCCAUGCUCUGUGCAGGCUAUCUGAAGGGCGGUGUGGACAGCUGCCAGGGAGACAGUGGGGGCCCCCUGGUGUGCCAGGAGAGGAGACUGUGGAAGCUGGUGGGCGCCACAAGCUUUGGCAUUGGCUGUGCUGAGGUAAACAAGCCUGGGGUCUACACCCGCAUCACCGCCUUCCUGGAUUGGAUUCAUGAGCAGCUGGAGAGAGACCUGAAGACUUGAAGAAUGGGGGACAAAUCAGCACCUGAACUCCCAAGGGUGGACACAGCCCAAGCCUUCCCUGGACUCCUGCGUAGGCAUGGUGGAUGCGAGUACCAGCGUUUAGUGCUCUGCCCAUUGCACUGAGGCAGAGCCAGCAGGAAGAGCAUCCUUCUUACCCCUGUACUUGGAGCUGCCUGUUGCUAAAGCCUCUGGCCCUUGGGGUGUGGGAUGAAAUGACCUUAGAACUUUCUGUGCUUCACAGCGACAAAGGCACCCCCACUCUUGCAUGUUAGCGGUGCCUUUCCCCACCAUCCUCCUAGAUUUCCCCCCUUGGAGCCGCUGCCAACACAAGCAACCUCUUAUGCAAAACCAUUGACACCAGUUGGUGCAGAUUCGAGGUCAGGAACUGCUGGUGUGGAUUGUUGCACAUGGAGUCACCUGUUGGUCCUAUCCCUGGGCGCCAGUUCUCAACUCAACAGCCCGUUUCAGGAGGUGGGCAACUUAGCUCAGCCUACGGGUUUGCCCCACUAUUUUCUCAGUGUUUGGUGCUUGAUGAGUUACCAGCCCUUGCUUCUGGAAGGCGCCCCUUCUCUCAGCACGGCUUGUCCUUGGGCUUGAGUGAAUGAGUUGUGACG